AUGUCGGCAGGAGCUGUCGGCAGGUGCUUGGCAGGUGUUCGGCAGAUGUCGGCAGGAGCUGUCGGCAGGUGUUCGGCAGGUCCUCGGCAGAUGUCGGCAGGAGCUGUCGGCAGACCUCAGUUUUCCAUCUCUUCCCACCGCCGAGUCGCCGUUCAGUGGAUUUGCUCCACUGCCGAGUCGCCGGCCACCUCCCAGCACCACCACGUUUUCUGCUCCUAUCAUCGAGAUUCUGUGGAUCGAUUGAGCUCCAAAUUAAAGAACAUUGAAGUGAUCACGGCUCUCGGAGAUUCGGGCCACCGGAAUCCGGGUCUUGAAGUUUCUGAAACCCAUUUGGAGAAAGUUGAGAACUUUGGCCUUGUCUUGCUCAUUUGCUAUCUUGGGUACCGGAAAAGGCCACCAAGCUUCAGUUACAGAAAGCCACCCAUUACUCUUCCAAAGAUCUUUGCUUUCAACUCUUUCCUCAAUCGGAAGCCAGUUUGCUUGGAUCAAGAAGCUUCGACCAGCCAAGAAGGUAGACAGAACUCUCCCAGAAACCUUGAUAUUUAGGUUUUGAUGGCAGUUAAUAGCAUCGAUCAGGCUCUGAGAUAGAGAGGUUGGACUGAAAACGAGUAGGACAGGUUUGGUUUCCUAAGCUUAUUUGCCAGAUUUGAACAUUUAUUUGCCGGAUUUGAGAUUUUCAAUUUUGAUUUGAUGUCAUCGUAGGUUGCUGG